CGAGCCUCGAGAAAUGCAUCGGCAACGCGACGCUCUGCUGUCGACGUGCUUGCUACAAUUUAUGAAGGAGGAUCAUCGAUGGCGGACCAUGAGCCGUGGUUGAGUCCUUUCGUCACCGGCGCCUUAGGCGAAUAUCUUGAGUACCUACACAAAGGCCACUCCAUGGUCGGAUGGAAAUCUGAAGUCAAAGGGGAGACUAUCCAGAUACGCCGGAAAGAACCAUUUGUCAGUACUCUUCGGACAAUAGAGAGUCCCUCACCAAGCCAAGUCAAACUGACCGACGGCAAAUAUCACGUCCAAGCAGUGUUUUGGAAAUCUGUCCAAGAUGGGCUCGCGCUCUCCGGAGUACAAAUAUCACAUCUUACAGACUCGGCAGCUAUCCUUCGAGUCGUUGAUCCAAUUGUCAGCAUCGACUGCAGUUAUGGCACUCCAGAGCUACGUCUUUGUAUCCCAAAGUGUGAAGUCGUGAGCAGGAAGAGAGCUAGGGCCCUUGCUUUGUCCGAAGGCUCACUGAUAACCAAAGAGGCGGAUGUGAAACAAAAACUGCUGGAGUUCAUGCAGUCCUCAUCAAGAGGACGUCAUAUGGGCACACCCUCCGGCAGCCCUAAUGGGUCUAUCAGGUCCCAGGCUGCAUACAGCCAAGGCAAUGCUUCCGAUUCCGAGGACCACCUUUCUCAACUCCCUUUUCAGACGCAAAUCGACGAUGAUUUCCGCUACCAGCAACCAAAGAAGGCUGUGUUUACGGCCGGUCAAAGGGAUAGGGAUCCGCUGCUCUCACUGUUGAAGCAGCGCGGUCAGGGCGCGACGGCCUCGCGAGCCACCCAGCCAAAGGCUGAAGCGCUUCCAGCCCUGCAUGCUGAUGCCCCAGUUGCAACGAAAAGUAAUGAUAUUGUCCUUGGAUUUUCAACCCGGUCUGCCGACAAUGGCAGUGCCACCAGCAUCCAUAGGACCGACAUUCCAAAGGCCUUGGCUGAGCCUGUAUCUCUGAACGAAGUUUCGCCCGAUACGCAAGUCGGGCAAGCCAGUCAGAUCUCUUAUGACGAACCAAAGACCAACAGCUUGCCCCACGCGAUAGUAGCGAAGAAGCCGGGUAAGAAUAGUCCAGUCGCGGAAAACGUAGCUUUGUCUCGGUCAAAAGAAACUGCCACUGCGCAACUACCAGCACGAAUGGUUCGUCAUUUCGGGCGAUGGCGAGAAGAGGCUCGCUCUGGUCGCUAUUUGCCUCGAUAUGUACAGAAAAUCCCAAGAGAACAGGAGGUCCUGCUUGAAUCCGAUGAUAGCUGGCAACCCCCUCUGGUUGGACGAACUCCCAGACCAGGGCAGGUCCCUCUAGCUCUCACAGAGAGGCUUUGCGAACUUGCCGAUCGAGGCUCUUCGGCUCCUCUGGGGUUUGGACACCGUUCAGAAGAAAGUAGUGGUGAACCAGACCUACCUGGCCCCUUCGCUGCUCCACGUGAAGAGGGACCUCCGAGCCGUACGCCUGAACCAGAAUCAAGCGACUCUGAGGAGUCAGAGCCUACUAUUCCAUGGUCAAGCAGUCCACCAACACAAGACCGUCGUCGACAUCUGCCGGUAGACAGUCCGCCGUUAUUUGCAAGACAAGGGAAAGAGGCUACUACCGAAGCAAGGCCCACCGAACGUGUUACAGCCGUGGAGCCACACUCAGCAACUUCCACCACACGCGAUAACCUCGCGCUUCUAACGCAACAGAGGACGCAUGUCGACCAGGAUUUCGAAAAUCCGCCAGGUAGGUCUAUCGAUAACAGGACUGGCGAGCCGGCGCAUGUCGAGACUUCAGACAACGUGGUUACCAUACCAACUGACGAGCUGCCUUCCUCAACCGAAUCGGCUAUGGAGCUUAACGUGAUCACUUGUUCUUAUCAACAGAAGCCAUCCUUCGCAGGCCCAAUUCCGACCACUAGUCUCCGAGCCAAAGGCGUCCAGGUCGUAAGAACCCCGUAUGUGUCAAAGCGACCUGAUUCCCGCCUUGUCAAUUUCAGUGCGGGACAUGCCAAAGCCAUUGAAGAGCUUGACCCAACUUCAUCUGCCUGUGUUCCUGGGACAUACAAUGAGCCCGCCUAUUGUUUUGUUGCAGCAGCGACGAGUCAGGAUGAUCCGCCUAUCAUCCAACAACGUGCGGAACAGAUUCCUGGCAGGGUGCUGUUAGAUCAGUCUGGCACAGAAGGCUCGGCUAGCGGUCCUCAAGACUUACGGAUCAGGGUUGGACUGUCGCAUACAGACAAUAUCUUCGAAUCAAUUGACGAGGAGAGGACAGACACCCUUUUGAACGCGGCUGUACAAGAAGAAAUUAGUAUCUCUACACAAGCAGUCAGUGAGACACGGUUACCAGCCAGUCCAGACAAGACCCAGUCUACAGAGCCUCGAUCGGCUGAGCUUGUCGCAGAAAGGGCAAUGGCACAAGCGGCGUCUCCAGACAUUUCACAAGAAACGCGUCCAGUGCUCGAGCCCGACGCAACAAGCCAGCACCAUCAUAUCCACAAGGAUGUCACUGCCUCCAAUGAGAAUCAACCCCAUGCACAUGAUGCAACUGAUUCAGAUGGAAGACGGCAAAUAGACUCCGACACUGCACAGGAAAAGGCUGGCAAUCCUGCAUAUGUGACUGAUCUUAGAGACCAUCGUCGGAAGGCGCUGAUAUCCAUAAGCAAACAACUCUCGAUGACUUGGGACUCCAUUUCCUCCUCUCCCAGUGAUCGGCCGCAGGUGUCAAUUGGCGCCAGCAGAAGAAGUUGUUCGCCAGUCGCUGCAGAUGACUCUCCGAAACAAAUGUCGACCCCGAUCACUCGUGUAUCGACAUACGCCCGCAUCGAGGAAGAGCCCAAGGCACGGCCCAGCGACUCUACUUCUCAAUUAUCAGCACCACUCAAUGUUGAUCUCGAGCCGGUUUUUGCCAAAUAUAAAGCCACCUAUGCCGACUAUGGAGGAGACUUCAUGGCCUUUGAAAGUUCAUGCCGGCUGCUCAACAAAUUCUGGAAGAUCGGGAAAGAUUUUCAUCCCUUCUACGACGAUGUGAUAUUUCAUCACUACUAUGGUUUUCGUCAGUACCUGUCCGAGGAAGCAGCCAAUGAAGCUAGCCGAGCCAUGGCAUUACACGAGUAUUAUUAUCAGCGAGUGCCUGAGCCUACACACACGUGGGGUAUUGUGACUAAGUCGAUGAUCGAGAACCUUAUCAGACCUCCUCGGUCCGCAACGCCCGUAUCGUACAGUAUUCAGCCAUUACAGACUUCUAAAGCUGCUCUAUGGCCAAUGCCGAGCAAGAUAGAACCAGUAUCUGGCAUUCAGGGUCCUAUUCCACUUGCUGAGUCCCCCGUUCAGGAAGUACUUGCUAUUCAGCAUCUGUCCCAGUCAGAGGAAGCCGUUGAACAGUGGCGCCAGAAAGUCUCUCGGGUUCCGUCACGAGAGCCGGAACCGACUGAUGUCGGUCGCAGUGCGCCUGAUGUUGCUUCACCGGAACUAGGAACCCCGAAUAUUGAUCGCAGUCUGCUUGACAUUCCGGUAUCUGAUCUUCCCCCACCUGAAGUGCCCGUAUCAGUGGCUCUAUCUAGGGAUGGAGAUGUGGAAGCAAAGAAGAGGAGAAGGACUCUACCGCCAAAAUUUCCGCUCCCAUCCUCCAGUCCGGUUCAUGUUGAACCAUCGACAGCCCCUCGGCCGACAAAACGACCAAAGCUGUCGGCCAGCCCUUUCGUGAAACCGCCAAAACCUGCUUCGGAUACAGCCUCAAUGACCAGUAUAUUUCCCAAAUCGCCAGCCUUAAAGAAGGCCCAAAAAUGGUGGGUCGAUCCCGAUACGCCGUUCAAGCGUUUUGAACGGAGGUAUGCGUCUUUACCUCAGGACAAGCUGACUCCCAACAAGGCGGAAGCUGGCGCAAAGCAUCAGCGCUGGAGCGCGAAGAUCGAUAUCUUUGCAUGGAGAGCGUGAGGCUACGAGUCUCAAUAGUCGAGGCGGUUUAUAGGAUGAUGACAAAGUACUUUUUGGAGAUGUCAAGCUUUGUAUACAAGAGGCACACUUUCCACGUACAGUAUUUCAUGUUCCG